CGCUCCCACCCGCUGCCCCCGCAGGGCCCGCCGCCGCCCGCCCCGUGCCGCCCGAGCGCCCCGCGCCGGCGAUGCCCCGCGGCCGCCGGCUCCCCGAGCGCCGGAGCGGCCCCGUGAGCCUGCCCCGCACGUAGCGGGCCCGCCGCCGCCCGCCCGGACCGGACCGCCCCGCGGCUGGACGUCGCCCCGGCGGGGCCCCGCUGGCCCCAGCGCCGCCAUGCGCCUGGCUGCGCUGCUGGCUGCGCUGCGGCCCGUGCUGCCGCUCGUCCUGGGCCUCUCCCUUGGCUGUAGCCUGAGCCUGCUGCGCGCCUCCUGGAGCCAGAGCGGAGGCGAGGACCGGUGCCUGGGGGUGGCCGGCCGGCCCGGGCCCCUAGCCGGCGGAGCGCGUCUGGAGGCAGCGGAUGGAAGGCCGGGCCUCGGCCACGAGGACUUCAGGCCUAGGAUUGUUCCGUACUACAGAGACCCCAACAAGCCUUACAAAAAAGUGCUCAGAACUCGCUAUAUCCAGACAGAAUUGGGAUUCCAUGAGAGACUGUUUGUGGCUGUGCUGACCUCCAAGGCUACCCUGAAUACGUUGGCAGUGGCAGUGAACAAGACAGUGGCCCAUCACUUCCCACGCCUGCUGUACUUUACGGGGUUGCGCAGUGCCAAAGUGCCUCAUGGCAUGGUGCUGGUGGCCCAUGGCGAUGAGCGUCCCAUUUGGCUCAUGUACGAGACCAUGCACUAUAUCCAUCAGCAUUUUGGUUCUGACUAUGACUGGUUCUACAUCAUGCAAGAUGACACUUAUGCCCAGGCUGAACAGGUCAAGGCUCUGGUGACGCACCUAAGUAUUAACCAAGAUGUCUACCUGGGACGAGCGGAGGAGUUUAUCGGGGGAGAUGAGCAGGCCCGCUACUGUCAUGGUGGCUUUGGCUACCUGAUCUCCCGCAGCCUGCUGCUUAAGCUCCAUCCGCACCUGGACAGCUGUCGCAAUGAGAUCCUCAGUGUGCGGCCAGAUGAGUGGCUGGGACGUUGCAUCAUCGAUUUCCUUGGCAUCACUUGUGUUUCCCAGCUCCAGGGCCAGCAUUAUCACACCUAUGAAUUGGCCAAAAAUACUGAGCCGGAGAAGGAGGAAGAAGAGGAGUUUCAAGCAGCUCUUGCUGUGCACCCUGUUUCUGACAUGACUCUGAUGUACCGGCUGCAUAAGCACUUCAGCAGGAUCCAGCUGGACAGAGCCUACCAGGAGAUCCAGGACCUCCAGAUGCAGAUCAGGAACCUGACGUCACUGACCCCUGCAGGUGAGGCAGGCUUGACGUGGCCUGUGGGCAUUAAUGCCCCAUUUCUUCCAAAGUCACGUUUUGAGGUAAUCAGCUGGGACUACUUCACUGAGCAGCACCUCUUCUCCUGUCCUGACGGCUCCCCCAAGUGUGAGCUCUCUGGAGCUGGCAAAGCAGAUGUCAGUGAAAUCAUUGAGUCCGCACUUGAGCAACUUAACAGCCGCUACCAGCCUCUGCUCCGCUUCAGCAAGCGGCAGUUGCUGAAUGGCUAUCGGCGUUUUGACCCCACACGGGGCAUGGAAUAUACGUUGGACCUACUGCUGGAGGCAGUGACCCAAAAGGGCCACAGUCACAUUCUGGCCAAACGAGUGAGCUUGGUGCGGCCCUUAAGUAAGGUGGAAAUUAUUCCCAUGCCAUAUGUGACAGAGGCCACACGGGUGCAACUGGUGCUUCCCUUGACAGUACAGGACCUGGAUUUUGUGGCAAACUUCCUGGAUAUGUUUGCUAUGAACACACUGGACACGCAUGAUAAUGCCUUGCUGACUUUGCUUUUCAUCUACCAUCCCUAUGAUGCCCAGCGAGUCAGUCAGGUGGAUGUUUUUGCUGGAGUCAAAGCCAUGGUAGGAGAGCUGGAGAAGCGCUAUGCAGAAGUUAAAAUCCCCUGGAUUAGUGUUAAAACUGAGGUGCCAUCACAAGUGAAACUCAUGGAUAUAGUCUCAAAGAAGCACCCUGUGGAUACACUAUUCUUCUUGGCCAGUGUCUGGACAGAAAUCAACAUGGAGUUCCUGAACCGCUGCCGCAUGAAUACCAUCAGUAAUUGGCAGGUCUUUUUCCCAGUGCAUUUCCAAGAGUUCAACCCUGCACUUGUGUACCGUGGUGAGCAGACUGCAUCCUCCAGCACUGACUUCCUGAGGGACGGGCAUUUUGACAGAUACUCCUUUGCUGAGGCCUGCUUUUAUAACUCUGACUAUAUGACGGCACGUACCAAGCUAGCAGCUGAUAUCCUAGACCGAGAUGAGGUGCUGGAGAGCAUGGAGGUAUUUGAUGUCUUCCUCCACUAUUCUGGUCUGCACCUAUUUAGGGCUGUGGAGCCAGGGUUAGUGCAGAAGUACGCACUGAGGAGCUGCAAUCCCCGGCUUAGUGAGGAGUUAUACCACCGCUGUGUGCUUAGUAACUUGGAAGGACUCGCAUCCCGCUCACAUUUAGCCAUGGCCCUCUUUGAGCAGGAACAGGCCAACAGCACUUGAGAGACUAGAAACAUCAAGAGCUUCUCAGCACCUUAACACUUGGCACUUUCCAUCCCCUUCCCAGCCUUGCCAUGGGUGAAGGGCAUGUGAGGUCAAGGGAGGAGGAAGACUUUCCCAGCCCUGCUCUGAGGCACAGGCAUGGGCUACGGAGAGAGGCUGUUUCUGUGGGGUUUUUUGUUUGUUUGUUUGUUUUUUAAAUAAAUGUUUCUUUCCAGGCAGA